GGACGUCCCUACCCGGUAAGGUAAAUGUUAUGAUUAGGGUUAAGGGUAGGGACGACCCAAGGAUCCCCGAUAGAAAUGGUUGGUUGGUGCUGCUACGUCAUCAGAGGCGGUCUCACGCAUGUGUGUCUGUGAGCUUGAGCGGUCGAAGUGUCAGCAGCGCCCGUGCCGAAGAACCGUAGCUAGCCACAGGCAGCGGCAAAAGAAAACCAGCUACAGUCCAGUGCUAGUCCCGACCACCGCAAGGACACAGGGCACAUGAACAGUAGAAUGGCUGCGUCUUCGAACAGGGUAAUGCUGGGGCCUCUCGUUGCUGCCAUCGACCAGGGAACGAGCUCGACGCGGUUCCUGGUGUUCAAUGCUAAAACAGCCGAGCUCCUCAGUCACCACCAGGUUGAGAUCAACCAGAGUUUCCCCAAGGAAGGGUGGGUGGAGGAGGAUCCCAAAGAGAUCCUGCAGUCUGUGUACGAGUGUAUGGAGAGAACCUGUGAGAAACUCACCCAGCUCAACAUCGACAUCUCCAACAUCAAAGCCAUUGGAGUGACCAAUCAGAGAGAGACCACGCUGGUUUGGGACAAAGAGACAGGCGAGCCCCUCUACAAUGCUAUCGUGUGGCUGGACCUGCGGACCCAGUCGACCGUGGAGCGACUGAUCAACAAGACACCUGGGAGAAACAAGAACCAUUUGAAGCACAAGACGGGUCUCCCCAUCAGUACGUACUUCAGUGCUGUGAAGCUUCGCUGGAUGAUGGAUAAUGUGGACGAGGUCGCUGAGGCAGUCCGGACACACAGAGCCAUGUUUGGCACCGUCGACUCCUGGCUUAUCUGGUGUCUGACAGGGGGGAAGAGUGGGGGAGUCCACUGCACAGACGUGACCAACGCCAGCAGGACCAUGCUCUUCAACAUCCACACCCUGGAAUGGGACCCAGAGCUCUGCAAAUAUUUUGAUAUUCCAAUGGAGAUUCUCCCAAAAGUGAGGAGUUCCUCAGAAAUCUACGGCUUAAUGAAAAUAUGUUCUAGCCUGAAAUCGGGCUCUCUUAGUGGCAUACCCAUCUCAGGGUGUCUUGGGGACCAAUCGGCUGCUCUUGUUGGACAGAUGUGCUUUAAGGAAGGGCAGGCCAAAAACACAUAUGGAACUGGCUGCUUUCUACUCAGAAACACUGGAGCCAAGCCUGUCAUGUCGGACCAUGGCCUACUAACCACGGUGGCGUACAAACUGGGUCGAGACAAACCUGCCUGCUACGCACUAGAGGGCUCGGUGGCCAUAGCGGGGGCUGUGGUUCGCUGGCUGAAGGACAACCUGGGGAUCAUUCAGACUUCCACAGAGCUGGAGAAACUGGCGGCUUCAGUGGGCACGUCUUACGGUUGUUACUUUGUCCCGGCGUUCUCUGGUCUGUACGCCCCCUACUGGGAGCCCAGUGCACGAGGGAUAAUCUGUGGUCUGACUCAGUUCACUAACAAGAGUCACCUGGCCUUCGCUGCGUUGGAAGCUGUCUGUUUCCAGACUCGAGAGAUCCUGGAUGCGAUGAACCAGGACAGUGGCAUCCCUCUGACCCAGCUCCAGGUAGACGGGGGCAUGACCUCCAACAGACUACUGAUGCAGCUGCAAGCUGAUAUACUCUGCAUCCCCGUUGUGAAGCCCUCCAUGCCUGAGACCACUGCCCUGGGGGCGGCCAUGGCUGCGGGGUCAGCAGAGGGGGUCAGUGUCUGGAGCCUGUGUCCUGAGGACCUCAGUGAGGUCACCUCUGAGAAGUUUGAGCCACAAAUCAACCCUGAAGGUCAGGGAGCCUAUGAGAGUGAGUUUCGAUAUGCUCGCUGGAAGAAGGCCGUACAGAGAGCCAUGAACUGGGAAACCACCAGCUCCUGA